AUGGUAUCUCCAAAGUCUUCGUCUGUUCGCUCAAAGAGUCGGACGGGCCUGCCCAGACCAUCUUUCCGGGACGACACGGCCCUCGUGGCUCUUCGAUACGAGAAGACGAAGCCAGCAGAGCCACCCGUCCUCUUGCCUUCGGUCCGCGGCCCGCGCCGUGCGUCCAGUAUUGCCAGCUCGCUGGGAUCGACAGUCACGACGCGAUCCGCGUCGUCGGCCUCGUCACGAUCUUACGGCCCAGUCGUUGUCGUGCCGCCAGGCUACUUGCCUCCCAUUGCACCGCCCACGGAGCAGCAUCCCGCCCUGAGGACUCCAGUGCCUGCCACCGCACGCGUUCUCGACGAGUGGAAACGAGACUCGGGCCUCGCAGCAACGCCCACGUCAAUUACAAUCCCAGAGGAGUGCGAAGACGACGGCGCCUCGGACCUGCAGCUCCAUACCAAGCUGGAGGCCCAUGCGGGUUCAGGUGGCGCGGCAGCUCGAGUACGACACAUCGAGGAUCGGCUAGUGGUGGUGGAGGGCCGAGCGUUGGACGCUUCACCGUUCGUGAGAGAGACGGUGACCGAGUACGAGCGCGGCGCGGGUGCUGCGACGCCGGCGCCCGAUACGACCUCACCCAAAAAGCUCGUCAAACUGAACAAGGUGUGCUUUUCAGCCGCGCACGACAAGAUAUUGGGUCGCGAAUCUCCGUCCCCGACGAGUCAAAUGGCGCCGAUGCAGCCACAAGCCUUGCGGGGCUCUGGGACCCCAGCCUCCGCCCACCAGCAGCAGGGGCCACAGCGCCUGCAUUCACCAACCGACGACACGACGCCCAGAUCCCUAUUCCACAAUCCCUUUUCCCCAGACUCCUCGCCGCCACCAGCCCACUCCGACGCCGACUUCUCGCCCUUAGCAAUCUCCAUACCCACCGAGAGUCUCAUCGAUGAUGACUUCAUGGCUGGCAUGUCCUUCACGAAGCGCGGUAGCAUGAUGUUUGCCUCGAGACCCGCGACCGCGGUCGACGGCGCAGCCGACGACAGCCCGACGGACGCGACCACGCCCACCUCGUCCUUGGGCCAGACUCAAUCGAGCGAAUUGGACACGGUGAGACCCAUUUCCGAGGUCAGAACCGCCGACACGAUGACGACCGACGCGCCCGCACCUCCUGACAUCCGGGUCCUGUCGCCCGACGUCGAGAAGGAGUCUCAAAAGGUGAGGUCGCUCUAUGAAACCGGCGACGGCAUCAAAUGGGAAGACGGCGCAAGACACUCCUUCUGCGAGCGCCUCGAGCCCACGCCCGAGGUACCCGCGGAAGAGGCGGCGAACGAACCGGACCCGUCACGGUUAGGAGGCACAAGCGUUGGAACGUCAACAUCUACAAGGUCUUUUUCUCAGCCGCAGCAAGAUGGAUGUGCGCGUGAUUUGGAGCUGGCCGAGGCGCUCGACGACCUGGAGGAGCCGGGAGCCGUUUACGUCGACCGAUACGGUUUCAUCAGCCCGACGCGGCCGGCAUCGAGAAUCAGCACCCCAACCGAGCUUAAAUCAGCGCAGUUCUCUCCUAGGAGGAGAAACUUGCUCCAGAAGCGGGAUCCGAUGGGCUUCUCCCUGCAGACCGGAGGCGGUCGCAUACCGAGCAGGAAGGUGUCUGCGCGCUCGCUGAACACCCAAAACUCGGAAAUGUCGGUCGCCUCGGUGCGCUCGUCACGAUCGGUCAUUCGCCAAGCAGGCAACCUCCUGCCACACAACCGCAAUCGGCGCUGGAUGGAUGAGGCUGGCGACAUGUUGACCGUAUCACCCAGCCUGCAGGAUGUGGUCGAAGCGGCGCAAGUGGAGAAGAUCUCGGAAGCGCUGAAGCGGAAGGAGUGGGAACGGUCGGAGAAGUGGCGCAAAAUGGCCAAGGUCUCCAAGAGCGGCGAGCAAGGCCGAGGCACGGAAUUUGAAUUCGAUCUCGAAAACCCCAAGUUGAUCGAGAGAACAUGGAAGGGCAUCCCGGAUCGAUGGAGGGCCGCCGCCUGGUGGUCCUUUCUCUCCACGGCCGCAAAGCAGACCGAAGGCUCGGCCACUGCCGACGACAUUAUUGCGCACUUUCACCGCCUGCAGUUCAGGAGUUCUCCCGACGACGUACAGAUUGACCUGGACGUUCCUCGGACGAUCAGUCGGCACAUCAUGUUUCAGCGGCGGUAUCGAGGAGGCCAGCGCCUUCUGUUUCGCGUCCUCCACGCGCUGUCCAUCUAUUUCCCGGAGACGGGGUAUGUUCAAGGCAUGGCGUCUCUGGCGGCGACGCUGCUCUGCUAUUUCGACGAGGAGCAUUGCUUCGUAAUGCUGGUGAGGAUGUGGCAGCUCCGAGGCUUGGAUCAACUCUAUCGUCCAGGGUUCGAAGGGUUAAUGGCUGCGCUUCGCGAGUUUGAGACAGGUUGGCUCCACAAAGACGUGGCAACCAAGCUGUCCGAGCUUUGCGUGGAUAGCACGGCGUACGGAACGCGAUGGUACCUGACACUAUUCAACCUGUCAAUCCCCUUCCCAGCGCAGCUUCGAGUGUGGGACGUAUUCCUCCUGCUGGGCACCGGGCCCAAGCCGGGUACCGAGCCAGCGGCUACGGGAACGACAGCAGACGAAAAGCUGCCCCCGCCGGCCACAGGGCUAGACAUCCUCCACGCCACGAGCGCUGCUCUCAUCCAAGCUCUUCGCGAGGUGCUUCUCGACUCGGAUUUCGAAAACGCCAUGAAGGCGCUGACAUCAUGGAUACCCAUCAAAGAUGAGGAUCUCCUGAUGAAGGUGACCAAGGCGGAAUGGAAGACACGACAGAGCAAAAAGAAGACGUAG